AUGGAGGACUUCAACUGGCGUCUCCAAGACGUCGACCGCGCGAGGGCCGCGUGUCUUGCGGCCAUCGAGGAUCUACUUCGUGCGCAAGGAAAGUCACCGGUCGACUACGGUUUGCCUCUCGCCGACCCGCGUCUACUGGAACCGCUGCAGCAGGACGAUGCGCUGUUCCGAGAAAUAGACGCGGCGGCACGGUGGGCGCCACAAGUGGAAGCCUUGAAUGCCGAACAGCGAACGGUGUACGACCGCGUGAUGGCGACCGUCGACGACCCGCGCGAGGUGUCGCGAACUUUCUUCGUCGACGGACCCGGAGGUACCGGAAAAACUACGCUGUACGGAUACCUGAUAUGGUCGCUUCGGCACCGACCACAGCCGCUGGAGGUGUUGUGCUUCGCGUACACCGGGAUCGCCGCGUCGCUCAUGGACGGCGGCAUGACGGUGCACUCGACGUUCGGCACGCUGACCGAAGACUCGACGUCCACCGUCACCAUGCAGUCCGAGCGAGCGCAGAAGAUCCGCAACGCAGCGCUCAUCGUCUGGGACGAAGCCCUCAUGUCACCGGGACUGCAGCUGACGGUGGUGGACCGCCUGCUCAGGGACGUCAUGGUGUCGGAAUUACCGUUUGGCGGUAAAACCAUGCUGUUCGCCGGCGACUUCAGACAGAUAUUGCCCGUGGUCCGGAGAGGGACGAGAGCCGAUAUCGUCAUGUCUUCGAUCAAGGAAAACGGUCUUUGGAGCGUCAUGGAGCGCUUCAAUCUGGUGCAGAACAUGCGCGCGGGCAACGACGCGGACUUUGCGUCUUGGUUGCUUCGGCUCGGCAACGGCCAACUGCCCGCGGUCGACGGCGUUCCGGACAUCGUGCAAAUCCCGCGGGAAAUGGUAUGCGACGUCGCUGAUUUAAUCGACUUCGUGUAUCCGCAGGAAAUGUCGUUGGCCAACGUCGAAGAAUUUGCUCGGAGAGUCAUCCUGUGUCCCACCAACGAAGAGUGCGGAGAUGUCAACGGGGACGUGCUGGAGCGCGUCGACGGUCGUGAGAUGACCAUAGGCAUUCCCAAAAAGUCGGAUCAUGUUUUAAGAAUCCGUCAUCAAUGUUAA